UGUUUGUGCAGUUCUGUGUUUGUAGUUACUGUAGAAGCGUAUGCUGUGUCAUAACUGAGAAAUGAAAAGGGGAUCCAGCCACAGUGCUACAGCGCCUGGAGAAGAGAGGGGGUGGGGGCGCAACAAACGAAAAUUGUAAAAAUGGCAGAUCGCAAGCUAAAAGCCUUUGGUACUAAAAGGACGUUAAGUAAAAAGGAACAAGAUGAACUUAAGAAAAAGGAGGAAGAAGAGAAAGCUGCAGAAGUAUUUGAAGAAUUUUUGGCAUCCUUUGAUGGUAGUGAUGACAGCACUGUGAAGACCUUUGUACGAGGGGGCAUUGUAAAUGCAACAAAAGAGGAGGAAGCUGCAGAAAUUAAGAAGAACAAACUGUACAGACCAGCGACAAAAUUGACUCCAGUGCAGCAGAAUAAUGUUUUAUCCACACCAUCUUGUGACUCAAAGAAACCUUUUAUAAAGAAGAAAACAGAAGAGAAAAAGAAAAGUAACCUGGAACUGUUUAAAGAGGAACUCAAACAGAUACAGGAGGAACGUGAGGAGCGAUACAAAAGAAAAAAAUGUACAUCCGAACCUGGCAGCUAUGGAGACAUGGAAAUGCAGCCGCCUCGACGGUCAUUGUUUGAUGAUGAUUUAGGAGACCCGCACACAACAAAUUUGUAUAUCGGAAGCAUCAAUCCAAAGAUGAAUGAAGAAAUGCUUUGUAAGGAGUUUGGCAAGUUUGGGCCAUUGGCAAGCGUGAAGAUUAUGUGGCCACGUACUGACGAGGAGAGAACAAGGGUUAAAAAUCGUGGAUUUGUAGCUUUUAUGACCCGAAAAGACGCAGAAAGAGCACUACAGGCACUGGAUGGCAAGGUGGUAAUGGGCUUUGAAAUGAAGUUGGGCUGGGGAAAGGCAGUCCGCAUCCCCCCACACCCUUUGUACGUUCCUCCCGGUGUGCUGAAACUAACUACACCCCCCCCUCCAUCUGGGUUACCCUUUAAUGCACAGCCUCGAGAGAGGUUCAGAAAUCAAGAUGCGCCAAAACCACCGAUAACUAGAUCCAAGGAAGAAUUUGACAAGACUCUGUCCGAAGCCGUAGUCAAAGUGGUUAUCCCAACAGAAAGGAACUUAUUAGGGCUUAUCCACAGAAUGAUUGAAUUUGUGGUGCGUGAAGGGCCCAUGUUUGAAGCUAUAAUCAUGAACAAGGAAAAGAGCAAUCCAGACUUCAGAUUCCUUUUUGAAAACAAGAGCCAGGAGCAUGUGUAUUACCGGUGGAAGCUUUUCUCAAUUCUUCAGGGUGACCCACCGAAUGAAUGGAGAACGGCAGACUUCCGAAUGUUUCGUGGAGGCUCUAUAUGGCGGCCUCCGCUUUUAAAUCCUUAUCUUCAUGGAGAGGAGGAGGUGAAAGACGAGCUCACAUCUCCUUCGCUGCAGGAGGAAGAGCUGAAAAAGGGCCAACUAAAGGCAGAACAUAGAGAUAAGCUUGAAAACCUAUUGCGAGGGCUGAGCCCUCGUAAGGAGGACGUAGGAGAUGCCAUGGUGUUCUGUUUGGAGAAAGCUGAGGCAGCGGAGGAGGUGGUGGGGUGCAUUGCAGAAUCACUGUCCAUCUUGCAGACCCCGCUGCAGAAAAAGAUUGCAAGACUGUAUUUGGUUUCAGACAUUUUGUACAACUCUUGUGCCAAAGUUACAAAUGCAUCCUACUAUAGAAAAUACUUUGAGGUAAAACUCCCUCAAAUGUUUGAUGAUAUUGGUGAAGCAUACAAAAAUAUACAGGCAAGACUUCAAGCAGAGCAGUUCAAGCAAAAGGUGAUGGCUUGCUUCAGAGCGUGGGAGGACUGGGCUAUCUAUCCGGAGCCUUAUCUUAUUCAGUUACAGAAUAUUUUUCUGGGGCUAGUGAAGACUGAAGAGGAGAUAGUAGAAAGAUGUAUGACUCCUGAUUUGGAUGGUGCUCCUCUGGAAGACGUGGAUGGGGUUCCUCUGGAGAACGUAGACGGCUCUCCGCUGCGGGGAAUGCCCUGGGACGCAACCUCCCUGGAUGGAGCCCCAGUCGAUGACAUUGACGGAGUUCCACUCACCUCCGCUAUAGACGACAUCGAUGGGAUGCCUUUAAAUGAUGCAGUUUGCACUAAAGAGAAAAGCUGUCUUCCACUUGCCAAGGUAGCUCUGUCGAAGUGGGAGGUGAUUGACGACUCCGAGGUCAUGGCACAUGCAAGUACAGAAUCAAAAUGGGACCUGCUUGAUAAUCAAGAUUCAGAAGAAGAUUCGAAAAAUCUCAUGGAGGAGGUGAAAGAGGAGGUGGAGGAGGAGUCUGAGGAGGACAGCAGUGACUCUGAGCCAUCCACUCCACAGAAGGAUGAGCUGCCUGACACCAAGCCCCCGCAGAGCCUCUUUGACUUGUCUGAGGGGAAGCGGGCCAAACUACGAGAACUCGAGUUAAAAGUUGUGAAAUUUCAAGAUGAACUUGAGUCAGGAAAAAGACCCAGGAAAUCAGGACUGACGGUUCAGCAGCAGGUGGAGCACUACAGGAAUAAACUCUUACAGAAGGAGUGUGAAAAAGAUGAGCAGGAAAGGAGAGAAAAGACAUCCCAGAAGUCAAAAGACAGAAACAAGAAAGAAGAGAAGAAAGACAAAGAGCGCCUAGAAGAAAGGGGCAAAAACAAGGAGAAGGACAGGAGGAGGAGUAAAGAGUCUAAUCACGAGCGAGAAAGGAACAGGGGGAGAAGCCGAGAUAAAGAACGGGAGAAAGAGGAUGAGAAGAUGAGGGAUCGGUCAGACAGACGAGGAGGCAGCUACUCGUCACCUGCAAAAACAAAAUCAAGGUCACCUAAGAAGUCCAAGCGGUCCCGCUCCCCUUCUCCUGGCAGAAGGUCGUGGAGAUCAAGCUCACGAUCACCUCACCGCUCCCACAAAAAAUCCAAGAAGAGUAAGCACUGACCAGCAGUGAUGUACAUGCACUGAGAAGAGUAAGCACUGGCCAGCAGUGAUGUACAGAACUGCUUUUCCACUUGCUUCAGUGACUGGAAAACCAGCCAUUUUAUACAUGUAGGAUUUAUUUCUUGUUGUUCUCCAAGAAAAUGAUUGAUUUUCAUACCUUAAUGAUUCAAGUCAAGCUUUUGGUACGUUUUGUAAUUCAGUUUCAUGCAUCAGUUAUAAAAACGAUUUUUUUUUUUUCUGUCAAAAACCUUGCUGGCUGUUUUUAAGAAGAAUGUUUCAGUAACAUUUCAGAAUAAAUGUGUCUUCAAUGUGUAUUCAUAAAGUCUGAUAACAGGAAGUAGGCUUGAAUUGCACAUGCCGUUCACAUCGUCCUAGGAGUGCUCUGCACUAACUCGGAGGAAUCACACUUCCAAACCCAAUCAGAAGUGGCGGAUUUCUUUUUUAUGAAAGGACCCAAUAUGUGGGGUUUCAUUCUGGCCUGACAUCAAAAAAGUAUUAAAUAACAAACAUAUAACGAUAUCUGACACCCCACUCCCAAUUUGAAAGUUUUAUUUUGUUUUGUUCUUUUAAAAAAGAAAACAAAAUGGGUUGUCUUGGAUUCAUCUUUGUUUUGCCAUUUGUUUCUUAUCAAUUUGCUUGUCCAAAUAAACAUGUUCCCUUAUCA